GCGGCUGCCCUCACCUAAGAUGGCCGCCGCGCCCUCGGUGAGGUGAAGUGACCGAAGUUCCGUCUCCUGCCCGCCUCCCUCCGCCCUGGCAGCGCCGCGGCUCCGUGCGGGCCGUGAGGGCGGCCGGGCCCCGGCUGAGGCUCCCCGAGGCCGGCAGGGCGCUCGGGGCUGCGGCCGCUCCCUCCGGAGCGGCUCUGGUUCUGUGUAGGUUCCUCUGAAUUUCUUCUUGUGUGGAGCUUCUUUAUACUCGUAGAUCACUUUAACCCCCAGCGACUCCAUCUGGCGAAAACAGAGCCAAAGGCGGCGGAACGGAACGUGACGGGAAAGAAGAAGGGCAGGAUGCGGAGAGGAGCCCCCCUGCGCGCUCCGGGCUCGCUGUGCUUCCCUCUGCUGCUCACCUUGCUGCUGGGGCACCUGCAGGGCAGACCCGCCAACAGCUCGGGGCCCAAGGACGGGGAGGAGCAGGAGCUGCUGCCCCCAGACCACCUGAACGGGGUCAAGAUGGAGCUGGACGGGCACCUGAACAGGGACUUCCACCAGGAGGUGUUCCUGGGCCGGGACACGGCAGGGCUCCAGCGGCGCCCGCAGCAAGGAAAGAGCCGGCAGCAGCUGGCAGAGAUCUUCAGCAGGGUGGACACAAACCAAGAUAAAAAAAUCAGUGCCAAAGAAAUGCAAGGUUGGAUCAUGGAGAAAACAGAGGAGCAUUUCCAGGAGGCCGUGCAGGAAAACAAAAUCCAUUUCCCAGCCGUGGACCCCGAUGGGGAUGGACACGUUUCUUGGGACGAAUAUAAAAUGAAAUUUUUGGCAAGCAGAGGUUUCGAUGAGAAGGAAAUUGCAGAGAAAAUAAAAAACAAGGAGGAAUUAAAAAUAGAUGAAGAAACGCAGGAAGUGCUGGAUAACCUGAAGGAUCGCUGGUACCAGGCGGACAAUCCUCCCCCGGACCUGCUGCUGAGCGAGCAGGAGUUCCUGUCCUUCCUGCACCCCGAGCACAGCCGGGGAAUGCUGCACUUCAUGGUGCAGGAGAUCGUCCGGGACCUGGACCAGGACGGGGACAAGAAGCUGACCCUGUCCGAGUUCAUCUCCCUGCCCGUGGGCACGGUGGAGAACCAGCGGGCUCAGGACGUGGACGACGACUGGGUGAGGGACAGGAGGAAGGAGUUCCAGGAGGUCAUCGACGCCAACCGCGACGGCAUCGUCACCAUGGCCGAGCUGGAGGAAUACAUGGAUCCCAUGAACGAGCACAACGCCCUGAACGAGGCGCGGCAGAUGAUCGCCGUGGCCGACGAGAACCAGAACCAGCACCUGGAGCUGGAGGAGAUCCUCAAGUACAGCGAGUACUUCACGGGCAGCAAACUCAUGGAUUACGCGCGGAACGUCCACGAGGAGUUCUGAGCUCCGUCACGGCCUGCUGGAAUUUUCUUUGACCUUCUUUUCACCCCCCCAAAAAAAAAAACCAUAUAUAUAUAUAUAUAUAUAUAUAUAUAUUCUCCCAGGGAUGAACGAGCAGCGAAACGCGGGAAUUCCGCGUCGCCCGCUCCGCACUCGGGGUCGUUCCUGGAUUCUCCGUCCUGAGGGAGCUGCGGGUUCUUGGAGUGGUUUCCAUAUCAGGAGGAAUCCUGAGAAUUCCUGGCUUCCAGUGGUUUUCCUCUCUGGUUUGUGGGGUUGAAUCCAGCUGGAAUUCCCUGGGAUUUGGGGGUUCUUGGAGUGGUUUCCAUAUCAGGAGGAAUCCUGAGAAUUCCUGGGUUCUGGUUUUUUCUCCUCCCUGGUUUGUGGGGUUGAAUCCAGCUGCAAUUCCCUGGGAUUUGGGGGUUCUUGGAGUGGUUUCCAUAUCAGGAGGAAUCCUGAGAAUUCCUGGCUUCCAGUGGUUUUCCUCUCUGGUUUGUGGGGUUGAAUCCAGCUGCAAUUCCCUGGGAUUUGGGGGUUCUUGGAGUGGUUUCCAUAUCAGGAGGAAUCCUGGCAAUUCCUGGGUUCUGGUUUUUUCUCCUCUCUGGUUUGUGGGGUUGAAUCCAGCUGGAAUUCCCUGGGAUUUGGGGGUUCUUGGAGUGCUUUUCCCACCAGGGAGAAAUUGUGGAAAAUCGUGAAUUCUGUUUUUUUCUCCUCCCUGGUUUGUGGGGUUGAAUCCCACUGGAAUUCCCUCGGAGUGGUUUUCACACCGAGGAGAAACUGUGGGAAUUCCAGGACUCCCGUGGUUUCCUGCCUGGUUUGUGAGGUUAAAUCUGGGAAUUCCAAAGAGAAGUUGGAUUUUGGGAAGGGAACAGUGAUUCCAAGGAAUGUUUGUCCUCCACACGCAAUUCCAUUUGGGAGGCUCCUUAAAUAUUUGUUCCCCUCAGCUGCUGAAACAGGGAAUCCCAAACAAAGGUUGGAUUUUGGGAAUUUUGGUGGUUCCAAGGAAUGUUUGGUCUUCUGGGAAUAUCCACGCUCAAUUCCAGUGUUUUUCUCGACUUCCUGAAGAGUUUAUUGGGAAUUUAAUGGAAUUUUUUUCUCCUCUUUUUCGUGGGAGUGUGGGGAAGAAUCUAUUUGAAAUGUUACAGAGAAACUCUUUGGAAUUAAAUUAAUAAAAUAAACACUAAUUAAAGCUAAAUUAAUAUAAAAUGACAUUUUUUGCUGACAUCUGCACUGAGAAUGGGAGAUGAUGGCUUUUAAAAAAUCAGGUUUUGAUCGAAGACCAAACAAUUGGGAAGUUUUUUUUGGGAAUUUAAGGUGUUGGACAGAGCAGUGGGAAUUCCAUGGAGUUUGAUGGCUGCUUAAUUCACUGCUAAAAUGAACGAGUUCUGUGCUAAUUAUGCUGUUAAUGAGCUGCUGAUGAUGAUUUGGGAGGGAUUCCAGGCUUUGGGUGAGCUCUGAAAGCAUCUCUGUCCCAGAUAAAAUUGAUUUUUCCUCUGCUUCCAUCUUUCCUGGAAAAACCCCUCUUUGGGAAAGAAUUCCUGAAAAUCUUGAGAUGUUCUAUUUGAUUAAAUUUAUUCUUAAUAUAAUGUAAAUACAGGAGUUGCUAUCCUUCUGUCCCCUUCCCUGCUCUUUAUUUGAUGUUUUUAUUAAAUUCCUUG